GGCUAGGAAAGUAGAGAAUGAGGAAAACAGCGGAGUGAGUCCCUGAGUGGUGAGUGGUAAGUAGUGUCUCCUUUGUCCUUCUUUUCUUCUUCUUCUCUCUCUCUCACCAGAUAGUGGGAGUGAUGGGAGUCCGGUUAGACCCCAGAGCGCAGGAGUUCAGACCCACCACCUCCAUACAAUGGUACCCUCUCCCCCCGCCGCCGCCGCACCUCUCCCUCUCCGCCACCUCCACCCGCUCCCUCCUCCUCACCCCGGUCCCCCCCGCCUCCGAGUCCGCCCUCCUAAGCCACCUCCAGCUGUUCGGCCAAGUCCGCGCCCUCCAAACCGAAGCCCUCCGCCACGGCAUCCUCACCGUCCACUUCUUUGACCUCCGCCAUGCAGAGUCCGCCUUCACCGCCAUCCGCAUGCACCACUGGCCCCAAUUCCCGGCCCGGCCCAUCUCGGCCCACUACGUCCUCCCCUCCUCCAACUCCAUCCCCAUCCCCAUCCCCGACGCCCACAACCAAGGCACCCUCGUCCUCUUCAACUUAGACCCCUCUCUCUCCGCCCAACACCUCCGUCGCCUCUUCCAACCUUUCGGUCCCAUAAAGGAAUUGAGAGAUACUCCAUGGAAAAAGAACCAAAGAUUCGUCGAGUUCUUCGACGUCAGAGACGCUGCCACCGCUUUGAAACAGAUGAACGGUAAGGAAAUUCACGGGAAGCCUCUCGUUAUUGAGUUCAGCAGACCCGGUGGCCACACUCGCAGAGUCUUCACUCCUCCUCCUCCUCACAGUACCAACAAAUCCUCCUCUUCCACCCGCCAACUUCAGCUUCAGGAGGAGCCUCAGCCUCAGCCUCAGCCUCAGCCUCAGCCUCAGCCUCAGCGGAGCCCCAAGCAACAGCUUCCUAGAACUAGGCACUGGAAGGGGAAACAAGCCAAGAAACACGAAACUCGCUUUCUAAUCAAAGAGGACGCCAUUGUAGAGUCUGCUCCCAAAGAUACUAGAACUACUGUCAUGAUCAAAAACAUUCCCAACAAGUACAGUCAGAAGUUGCUAUUAAACAUGCUGGAUAACCACUGCAUACACUGCAACGAGCAGAUUGCAGACGACGACGACCAGCCUCUAUCCUCCUAUGACUUCCUCUACCUUCCCAUUGAUUUCAACAACAAGUGCAACGUGGGAUAUGGCUUCGUCAACAUGACAUCCCCGGAGGCAACACUCAGGCUCUAUAAGGCUUUCCAUCUCCAACAUUGGGAGGUCUUUAAUUCAAGAAAAAUCUGCCAAGUCACCUAUGCCAGAGUUCAGGGGUUGGAAGCAUUGAAGGAGCACUUUAAGAACUCAAAGUUCCCAUGCGAGAUGGAGCAUUACCUGCCAGUGGUGUUUUCACCUCCUCGAGAUGGGAGGGAACUGACAGAGCCACUUCCGAUAGUGGGGAACAAGCAAAACCAUGCCGUUCCCAUUAUUCCAGAUCCAAGUGGCGGUGCUGCUUCUGAUGAUGACGUGUCCAGCAUCAAAACCGGCGGCGAGGGUGAUCAUGAUCAUGAUGACACAAAGGAAGAAGUGGGUGGUAACUAGUGAGGAAGGGUAGUAGUGUUGUGAUAGAGAAUGUUAAAUGAUGAUGAUGACUAUGAUAAUGUGAAUGUGAUUAUUUACUACACCACACAACACAGCAUUUAAGGUCGUUGAGCAACGAGCCACACCUGUGUUCUACCGUAACCAACCUACAACUGCAACCAUUUCAAUAUCAACUGAAUGAACCUCUUGCUGCUCACUGCUCACCUUUCCUCCAAUAUCUUUAUUUAUUUUUCUUUCUUAUCUCUUUUUGUUACCUGCUUUUGCCUAGUGAGAUGGAAUUUGUAGGGUCUUUUUUUUUCUUUUUUCUUUCUUCUCUUUUUCUUUUUGUACCUUGGAUCACUUGUAGACUUGUAGCUAGGUUCUGUCGCUUUUGGAUGUAGUAGUGUUUAGCUCACCUUGGAAUUUAAUUUUCAAGAAUUUCGAUGUAUCUUUUAUAGCAUAGAAAACUUGGAAAAGUAGAGAAAAUAUAAAGUUUAGGCUGCUCUUGGCAAUAAUUACUA